AGAAAUGUCUUCUCUGAAAAACAAGAAGUAGAAAUGGCACACUUUUAAAAGGCAAACUCCAUAUAGAAUUCACAAACCUUUCAAAACCAUAGUUGGCCAACAUUAACUACUAACACUGAACAUAAUUUCACAUUCGUUAACCUAAUGUUAAUAUAAGAUAAGCGUUGCUCGUUAAAAAUAAUUUUAAUUCAGUAACUUAAGUCAAUUAGCUGACAAAAGUCGUUUGAAACAACAGCCCGCAGUUUACCAUAGUAAGUUUGUUACCGCCAUGUUGACGGGUAACGUUAAAUGUUACUAACGUUAGGUAAACUGGUGUGCAAAAAUCUGACACAAACACACAGACAAACGUACAUAUAUAUAUUCUCUCGUAAGGUGCAUCGACACACAGCACAGAUGUUCUCCGGAGCUCCCACUCUCGCGGGUUCAUCCCCGGGAAAAACCCAUGGCGCUGCCCCGCUGGAUCCGUGUCUUCCGUGGCGCGGCGCGGUGCGACUCGAUACAAAACAAUAUAGAACCCAUUAUAUACUAUCUACAGUGAAUGUGGACAGUAAAGUGAUGCCCAGGUAUAUUUCUGAUGUACAGAUGUACUCCAAGCGCUCGCGCUGUUUCUGACAGGAAGUACAAACGGAUUUUUCCAAUCAUUACAAGCGAUGAAACACAUCCAGUAGUCAGUCCCAAGCUGUUGCGGCAUUAUAGACAUGGUGUUGGGCAAAUCGUGUCAAUCCAAAUGUAAAAAAUGAAGAAAAUAAAACAACCUCAAUAAAAAGGCGCCAAAGCGGCCGUUACAGCAAAUACAGUAGUAUACAGCAAAUUUUAAAAAUACAGUAAGUCUCUGUAUGUGGGGUCUGACGUCACAGAAAAUUCCCAUGAUGCAAAGGGUAUUACAGUUAUUUACUGUAAAGGGAAUUUGCAGUAUUAUACUGGGUGAUAUACAGUAAAUAACUGCAGAAAUUACAGAAAUGUCUAACAGUGUACGUUAUCUGAAUACUUUUAUUGAUAUAUGAUCGCCAGGAGCCAUGACUUUGCACUGGUUAAUAAUUACACCUGAGAGUAUAUGUUGAGGCGGGACACUGGUGAUCUCACACUCUCACUCUAACGCUGGCAACCAUGAGACUCGUAGUCUGUUUUCUUUCUCUGCUCACUGUGUUCGGUCCUGCAGAAUGUGGGAAUGUUUUAGUUUGGUUUUCUGACGGCAGUCACUGGAUCAAUCUUAAGAUCGUUUUGGAAACUUUGAUUGACAGGGGACACAAUGUCACAGUGCUGGUUCCGGAUGCCUCUCUCUUCAUGAAAGCUAAAGAAUCGGAUCGCUUCUCCUACCAGCCCUUUAACGCGUCCGUGGAUGAACAGGAGAUGAGAGACUUCAUUGAGGAAUUAGUUUAUUUCUCAGUGUACGAGACCGAUCAGUUAAAUUUACUGCAGUUUCUAAUGAAAUUCUACAACCUUGCUUCCAUUAUUCAGGAUAUGUGUACAUCAUACUGUGACGGCAUUCUCAAAUCGUCAAAGUUGAUGGACAAAUUGCGGAAUGGAAAAUUUGACAUUGUUCUGUCAGAUCCAAUGUAUCCGUGCAGCGAUAUUCUGGCUGAAGAGCUAAAUGUUCCCUUGGUUUACACGUUCCGAUUAUCCAUUGCUAACGUUCUAGAGCGGAUGUGUGGUCAGAUACCAGCUCCACCAUCAUUUGUUCCUGGAGUCAUGAGUAAACUCACGGACAAGAUGAGCUUUACAGAGCGAAUCAUGAAUAUGCUUUUCUACCUUUCUCAAGAUUUUUUUGCCACUAUUGCUUGGAGAAAAUUUGACAACUACUACACUGAAUAUUUAGGACGGCCCACUUCCUAUUGUGAGAUGAUGGGUAAAGCUGAUAUCUGGUUAAUCAGAAUCUACUGGGAUUUCGAGUUUCCACGGCCAUUCCUGCCCAACUUCAAAUAUGUUGGAGGCCUUCAUUGUACCCCUGCCGAGCCAUUACCAAAGGACAUGGAGGAGUUUGUACAGAGUUCAGGGGAUGAUGGGAUUGUGGUCUUCACUCUGGGGUCUUUGGUAGAGAAAAUGCUCAAAGAGACGAUCAAUAAAAUCGCCUCAGCACUGGCACAGAUUCCACAGAAGGUUUUAUGGCGAUAUAAUGGAGAGAAGCCAGAUACUCUUGGUGAAAACACCAGAACCUAUAAGUGGAUCCCUCAAAAUGAUUUAUUGGGUCACCCUAAAACCAGAGCAUUCAUCACUCAUGGAGGCACUAACAGCAUAUAUGAGGCCAUAUAUCAUGGCGUUCCAAUGGUCGGAAUCCCCUUGUUUGCUGACCAGCCUGAUAAUUUAGUUCAUAUGAAGGCCAAAGGUGCGGCUGUUGUUAUAGACAACAUCAAAACCAUGGAGCCGCAGGACCUGGUGGAUGGACUCAAUACCAUCAUUAAUGACCCCUCGUAUAAAGAGAACACUAUGCGUUUGUCCAGGAUUCAUCACGACAGACCAAUAAAACCUUUGGAUGAGGCUGUGUUCUGGAUUGAGUUCGUCAUGCGCAAUAAAGGCGCUAAACACCUGCGUGUCGAGGCCCACAAUCUUACCUGGUACCAGUACCACUGUCUGGAUGUGUUCGCUUUUCUCAUCGCUAUCCUGACCGUAGUUCUCUACGCCUUCUUUAAAAUGUGCAAAUUCUUCAUAAUACGUUGCUGUUUUAGGAAAAGCAAAAAAGAGUGAUGAAGCUUUUGGAAAAACCCUUUUUUGCACUGAACAUUAUGUCUCUCCACCCACACCAUGGGAUGUCCAUCCUGAGGUCCAGUAGCUGUACUGUUAUUAACCAAAGUCCCUUUAGGGCAAGUCAUUUCCCUCUGUGACCAUCUUUGAAACACCUCUCGGGCAUGCAAGUGCAGCUCCUAUCUCUUUGAAUGGGGAAAAUAUUAAAUUCUCUAAAACUGUUAAACAAGUUUACAAUUAAAUUUCAUAUUUGAAAUCCAAUGAAAUCUGACAACAACUGUCUCAUCAAAGUUGAUUAUUUUGCUCAAAUACCGUUAAAAAAAGCUUAUUAUUCAGGCUAGACCAGCCAGCUAGUGCACAUGUACCUCAUCACCACAU